GGCAUUUCCGCCUCCUCACCGGACGGACGCCGGAAGCAGAAAGAAGAUAUUCGGUGCCUGAGACUGUUGACAUUUACCUGCUUUUCAGACAUCUCUGGAGAACGUCUUCCCCCGAGCAGCAAGUGGACCUCAAGAAUGGAGCAGGAUAAGCCUCAGCCCCCCUAUAUUAAAGAGGAAGAGGAGGAGGAGCUGCAGUAUCCCUUCAUUAAAGGGGAAGAGGAGAAGCCAAAGCAAGCCCACAUUAAAGAGGGGGAGGAGCAACUUACCUCUUACAUAAAGGAGUCGCAUUCCCCCGUCACAUUACAGAAAAAGAGGAGUCACAGCUCUGCUCACAUUAAAGAGGAAGAGGAGAAACACAGCAUCAGUCAGGAGGAGUUUGAAGGACUUGAGGAUGACCAAGUGGUCUGUGUUAUCGUGAAGAGUGAAGAUGAUGAGGCCAAAGGUGAAAGUGAGGAGAAGAGAGAUGUGGAGCCUCCAAGCAGCAGCUCAACAGAAGCUGAUGGAGACCACUGUGGAGGAUCACAAGCAGUCACAAUCUUAGCUCCACUAUCAAGGUCACACUCUCCUGACACUGAUGAUGAAGACUCUGAAGCUGAUAAGACAUGUCACACUGACAACACACACGUUAAUAACACUGACAACACACACUUUAAUAAGACAUGUCACACUGACAACACACACUUGACAUGUUCUGACUGUGGCAAAACUUUUAAAUACUGUUGUCAACUGAAAACACACAUGAGGAUACACACUGGAGAAAAACCUUUUUCCUGCUCAAUCUGUGGUCUAUGUUUUACUCAAAAGCAUCAUUUGAUAACACACACAAGAACACACACUGGAGAAAAACCUUUUACCUGUUCAGUCUGUGGGCUAGGUUGUACUCAAAGGCAACAUUUGAUAAUACACACAAGAAUACACACUGGAGAAAAACCUUUUUCUUGUUCAAUCUGUGGCAAAGAUUUUACUCAAGAAUACCAUUUGAAAGCGCACAUGAGAAUACACACUGGAGAAAAACCUUUUUCCUGCUCAAAGUGUGGUAAAGGUUUUGCGCAUAAAAAUGUGCUGAAAGGACACAUGAGAAUGCACACUGGAGAAAACCCUUUUUCUUGUUCAAUCUGCGGCAAAGAUUUUACUCAAGGAUACCAUUUGAAAGCGCACAUGAGAAUACACACUGGAGAAAAACCUUUUUCCUGCUCAAAGUGUGGUAAAGGUUUUGCGCAUAAAAAUGUGCUGAAAGAACACAUGAAAAUGCACGCUUGAGAAAAACCUUUUCCCUGUUAAAUCUGUUAAGGUUUUGUACAACAGUGUUUUUCAACCACUGUGCUGCGGCACACUCGUGUACUGUGAGAUAUUGCCUGGUGUGUCCGUGGGAGAUUAUGUAAUUUCACCUAAUUGGGUUAAGAAUAUUUUUUGCAAACCAGUAAUUAUAAUCCGCAAAUAAUGUGCUGUUAUUGAGUGUCUGUACUGUCUAGAGCUCAGCAGAGUAACCAUGCAAUACUCUUCCAUAUUAGUAGGUGGCAGCAGGUAGCUAAUUGCUGCGUAGAUGUCGGGAACAUGGUUUGUGGUGAUAUGCAGACGACAGCGGGAGGCAGCGUGCCGGUAAAAAGGAAUCUUAACGCUUGAACCAUAAAUAAACAAAAGGUAUUGAAGCUUAGGGAUGGCUAUGUAAAGCUAAACUAAAACUGAACUGGCUGCAAAAUAAACAAAAACAGAAUGCUGGACGACAGCAAAGACUUACAGCGUGUGGAGCAGACGGCGUCCACAAAGUACAUCCGUACAUGACAUGACAAUCAACAACAAAAUAGGAGCUCAAGACAAGAAUUAAAACACUACACACAGGAAAACAGCAAAAAACUCCAAAUAAGUCACGGCGUGAUGUGACAGGUCGUGACAGUACACCUACUUUAAGACAAGAGCUAUAGUGAUGCAUGCUUGGUUAUGGUUUAAAUUUAUAUCCAACAAUUGCGAGAACGACUUUUUACUGUCAAUAUCGGCUGCUGAGUUUCAUUUUUUAAUGUUUUCUGCCGUGAGGCUCACACAUUCAUCACGAUCGAGAGUCCAGCAUUGGUCUCCUGAUCUUCGGGAUGAGCAAUGUACAGUACUUCGUGAACGGGUAGGGGAGCGAGCUCGUUAAGAACAGGCCCCGUUUAGCAGGGCCCACUCGUCAUAAAACAUACCUACAUGUCAUGGGCAACCCCAGGUGGUAGGAAGGGCUGAUGUUGUCAUCCUUCAAGACCACCUGGCCAACCCCCUGAGUCCGGAGCUUGCACCACUUCGCGGACUCGUCUUUGCCCCAGGUUUGGUUGGAGACUUUUGAGGUAUGAAUGUGGGAUACCCUCUCCUUUGGCCCUGUAUGUUUCAUGCCUGUGAGAUGCUCACAACUCUUGAUUAGGUCGACGAUUGGAAAGAGAUUGGCUGAGAUUACAGCAACUUUAGGAUCAGUUGAGCCCAGGGAUUUUCAUUUGCCCUUUAAUUGAGCCAUGGCCACUGUGGUCGUUUGUUUGCAGAUGGCCAGGCAAACAUAAGCGCAUACAACAUGUGUGACAUCAUUGUUGUGUAACACAAUCUUCUUCAUAUAUCUAAUUAGGGACCGCAAUGUCCCUUUGGGACAGAGGACCCUAUUGUAUUUUGUCCGUUUUAUUAUUAUUAUUCCGACGCCUCUUUGAACUGUAAUUUGACCCCCUUAAGAUGCUUCAAAACUCACCAUAUUCGACACACAAAUCAGGACUAGCGAAAAUUGCCAUCUAAUAAAAAACCAAACACCAAAACUCAAAAUUGUGCUCUAGCGCCCCCUAGGAAAAAACACAGACAAAACUGCUUGCAACUUCGGGUAGAAAUGUCGUAGAGACAUGAAACAAAAACCUCUAUGUAGGUCUGACUUAGACCUAGAUUUCAUACAUUGACAUCCUUCAGUAAAAAUCAACAGGAAGUUGGCAAUUCCCCCUUCAGAACAAAAGUUUACUAAAAACAGUCACUUUUGCCUCUUUGAGCUGUAAUUUGACCCCUUUAACAUGCUUCAAAACUCACCAAACUGGACACACACACCAGGACUGGCAAAAAUUGUGAUCUAAUAAAAAACCCAACCCCAAAACUCAAAAUUGCGCUCUAGCGCCCCCUAGGAAGAAAACACAGACACAACUGCUCCGAGGAAGAAAACUCAGACAAAACUGCCUGUAACUUCCUGUAAGAAUGUCUUAGAGACAUGAAACAACAACCUCUAUGUAGGUCUCACUUAGACCUACAUUUCAUAUAUUGACAACCCCCAGCAAAAAUCAACAGGAAGUUUGCAAUUCCCUCUUCAAAACAAAAGUUUUGUAAAAACCGGUCACCUUUUUUCAAACAUUAUCUCCUCUGAGCGCGUUUGUCGUGUCGGCUUCAAACUAGCACAGGAGAGAGAUUGAACCCAUCUGAUUAAAAGUUGACCAAAGAGUUUUAAUUACUGCUCCGGUUUGGAUUUUAUGCGCCGUCAAAGUCGGUCCCGUCCAUCGCUGCUUGCAGCUUUAAUUGUAUAUGAAUCUAUAGAUGAACUCCUUUAUAUGAUUUACAUAUUUGUUUGACAUUUGUUCAUUCCUUUGCUUUUGAGUACACAUACACUAUAUUGCCAAAAGUAUUUGGCCACCCAUCCAAAUGAUCAGAAUCAGGUCUCCUAAUCACUUGGCCCGGCCACAGGUGUAUAAAAUCAAGCACUUAGGCAUGGAGACUGUUUCUACAAACAUUUGUGAAAUAAUGGGCCGCUCUCAAGAGCUCAGUGAUUUCCAGCGUUGAACUGUCAUAGGAUGCCACCUGUGCAACAAAUCCAGUCGUGAAAUUUCCUCGCUUCUAAAUAUUCCAAAGUUCAUUAUAAAAAAAUGGAAGAGUUUGGGAACAACAGCAACUCAGCCACAAACUGACAGAGAGGGGUCAGCGGAUGCUGAAGCGCAUAGUGCAAAGAGGUCCCCGACUUUCUGCACAGUCAGUUGCUACAGAGCAUUUUGGACUGCAUUGGGCCGAGUGUGAAUUUUGGUGGAGGAGGAAUUAUGGUGUGGGGUUGUUUUUCAGGAGUUGGGCUUGGCCCCUUAGUUCCAGUGAAAGGAACUUUGAAUGCUCCAGGAUACCAAAACAUUUUGGACAAUUCCAUGCUCCCAACCUUGUGGGAAUAUUUUGGAGCGGGCCCCUUCCUCUUCCAACAUGACUGUGCACAAAGCAAGGUCCAUAAAGACAUGGAUGUGGUGUGGAUGAACUUGACUGGCCUGCACAGAGUCCUGACCUGAACCCGAUUGAACACCUUUGGGAUGAAUUAGAAUGGAGACUGAGAGCCAGACCUUCUCGACCAACAUCAGUGUGUGACCUCACCAAUGCGCUUUUGGAAGAAUGGUCAAAAAUUCCUAUAAACACACUCCGCAACCUUGUGGACAGCCUUCCAAGAAGAGUUGAAGCUGUAAUUGCUGCAAAAGGUGGACCAACAUCAUAUUGAACCCUAUGGGUUAGGAAUGGGAUGGCACUUCAAGUUCAUAUGUGAGUCAAGGCAGGUGGCCAAAUACUUUUGGCAAUAUAGUGUAUGAUAUACAUAUUUGUUCAUUCCUUUGCUUUUGAGUACACAUACAUCCCGCUUAGUUCAUAUUUACUGGUUCACAUCUGAAACAUCUUUUGGACCACUUCUUGAAGCAUAUUAUUAUUUGAGCAGUUGUGUUUCAUACAAGAUCAUGUACUUUUAUAAUGUGAGACUUUUUGAAUAAUUUGUUGGAUCUAGAUAAUCCAUUGCAUUAUCUGAACUGCUGUCUUUUUGUAAUACGAAUAUUGUUUUAUAUGUAUGUCCCCAGACCUUUACGCAAUAAUUAAUGUUUGCUCAACAGAAGUUGAGUACAAUAAAUGUAGUUAAUAUUUGUGAGUAUGUUUUUU